GCGUCGUAUUGGCCGAAUAAGGAAAGCAAAGGGGGGCCAGGUGGGACAUCAACGAACCAACGGAUUUUUCUCAUUUCUUGGCUUCUUGGCUUCAACUUUAGCUGCUUGGCUAUUUCCAUUCUCCGAGGACAAAGAUGACUUGCAGAGUCAGCGUGUCAGCAUGCCAUUGGGGCGGCUGUUGUUGUUGUUGUUGUUGUGCUGCUGUGCCUCAGCGGAUGUGUGCAUAUAAUAUGCCUUGUCCAUAAGAUAUGUGAGUUGUCUCACAAAGAGGUGGGUAAGAAAGGUUCACUGUGGUAUAUCAGAUCAGUAUUCAGCAUCAAGUGGUUCUUUAUUCCAUUUUCUUACACGAUAUUAGGGCCAUGUAACCAAUCCAAUCCCGGGGUAAAUUAAAGUGCUUCUCUAUACGAGCACAGUUUGACAUGGAACGGCCCGGAUGCUUCGGAGGCCGAGGCCAUCGUGGCUUUUGUGAUUUCUGUUUCAUCGUCAGGGCUGUGCUCGCCACAGUAGAGUGCCCUACUCCAGUACUCACAAGCUGAGUCCAAGGAUUUGGCAUCGAACAGAUCGCUGUAUUUGGUACCUUGGCUACCGUCUCGGCGCUGUCAUGUUGGUUGUCACAGUUGUUACAGGGCUGCCUGUUUGGGCCGGGAAAGGAUUUGAAGUCUAGCGAUGCCUCUUCAUUGGGCUCGGCGGUCUAUGCCUCCCCUGCCGCCCAGCACGCCCAGCUUCACCCCCCGCCGUUGGCUCUCUAGGCACCCUGGGCGCCCAGCCCCUUCAGCCUAAAUAUGAACAAGAUCACCUUUGGGAUUGGGAAUGCUGCAUCUUCACGAUCCUUACUUACUGCGUCUAAUCUGACCGCCUAGCGCCGCUUCAGACUAUUUCUAUAUGAAGUACUACGACUGCAUAGUAUGUGUACAGAGGCUGGACUGAACUGCUACCACCCAUGCCGCGCGCCUAGCUACAAACAGCCGUCUGACAAAGCCGCCAUACCCACGAAGACUGAGCUACAGGUGACAUCCUGUGUGCUGUGGAGAAGGCCCCAUAAGUGACGACGAUGUGGCAAUCGCCCUUCGGCAACAUCGACCCCAUUACCAUCUCCGCCGCCGCAGCUCUCCUAUGCAGCAUCUUCACGCAGCGCCUGGCGUCCAGGCAGUCUGAACUAUGGUCCGAGACGAUCGGCUGGUUAUUCCUGCCAUUAGUGUACAGGGUUGUUGGUCGAAGACGGCAGCAAGAUGACAGCAAGACCUGGGGAGAGGCGCCCCUUGGCAACCCAGAAACCCAGCCUGCGACUGCGGCGUCAUUAUGGCUCGUUUCGUUGAGCAUUGUCACGUUUUGUAUUUUUAGAGCGGAGAGCUUCAUGAUUGCAUUUUUGCCUAUAUUAACGCCAUUACUUCUGGCAGCCCAGAGGUAUCUUCGGUCUGAUGUCCGUACAUCCGCUGAUUCGCGCUUCUUCUCCCCGUUCGUGAACACGGUAUGGGGCACAGCCCUGGCUGCUUUGUUUGUCAUUCUCACCAUGCUGGAUUGGGAUUUCCGGUGGUAUACGCUGUUGAUUAUCCCGGGUGCUGGUCUAUUGGUACUCUUCGACGUUUUGACCUCAGGAAAUAUCAAAGGCUCCCGAUUUAUUCAGCCUUUUGAUAUCGAAAACGCCAUCCUCCCUCUCGCAGUCCGGGUUGUCAUCUUGUUAGCCAUUCUACUUGGCGUCGAGAAGGUGGCGUUUGAUUUUGCAACUAGCGAACCUUUAAUGACUUUAACCCUGGGCUUGGCCAAAUCAUUCACUUGGCAUUUUAUUAUACAGACAGCUCGGAACUCUUCCUGGCGUACCGUCACUACGACUGCAACAUUCAGCAUUGUAUCCACCUUAGAUCCUUUCGUACAGACUUUGGAUACCCAAGCUGUAUCACAUGUCAUAGUAUCUUUCCUCGUCCUUGGCCAGGUCAUCCACAUCCUCCCCAGGCAGGCGGCAGCCAAGUCAGCUCUCUGGGUAUUCUCUCUCGCCUCUCUUGUUCCAUUCAUUGCCAACACCAUUGCCAUCCAAACGGCACAAUCCAUACUUGUACGCUCCCAAGAACAUCCGAUCGCAAGUUUGAUCCACAAUGCCAAGGCAGGCUUUGAAAGCUUGGUUGAGCGCCAGUCCAUGAACUACACAGCAGCUCAUAACGAGUAUCGUCGUCGAUAUGCCGUUGAUCCCCCACCUGGAUUCAAAGCCUGGCAUGAAUAUGCGACGUUGCACCAGUCACCUAUAAUUGAUGACUUUGACCAGCUUUUCCAUAGCAUCUCGCCGCUCUGGAAACUAAGCGGUAGAGAGGUUAACGAAAUAAUUACUCGUGUAUACGAAACUAAAGACAGCGACCUGUGGUUCUGUACCUUCGCAAGUGACCAAGCUCAAACGAGCUGCAGUCAUCCCUAUCGUACUGCCGAUAGGAAUAUUCAAAACUACCUAAAUGGGAUGUUCGAGAAUUUGCGUGGCGUUCUUCCCGAGGUCAAAUUCCUCAUCAACCACCUCGACGAGCCGAGAGUCCUAUUCCCCCCAUCGCCAGUGGGAGACUUCCAUAGCGGACUCAAUAGAACCAGCAAUGCUUCGACAGAAUUCACCAUCAACCACAGGGGCGGCCAACCCGUCUGGGAUAAACUCACCAAAUUCUGUCCCACCCAACAAAGCACACGCCCCGCCGAGCCCGACUACCCCGUCGAAGGCUAUGACAUCCCCUUCGUCAACAACCUAACCGCAACCAUAGAUCUCUGCUCUCACCCCGAGUACAGCGACCUGAACGGCCUCGCUCUCAGCCCCACCUCCUUCAAACUAAUCGAAGGCCUCGUGCCCGUCCUCUCAUGCGGCGUGCCAUCCACCAUGAGCGACUUCGUCUACCCCCCCGCUGCGUACAUCGAGCCGGGCUUCCGCUACGAUGAGUCGGGAGAUGUGGAAUGGGAGGCGAAGCGGAAUAACCUCUACUGGGCUGGGUCGACGACGGGGGGCUACGCGAAUAAUGAUAAAUGGCGAUACUACCACCGCCAGCGGUUCGUGAUGCUGGCGCAGAAUCUGGAGCGGAAAGCGCAUUACUACCUCACUGAGGUUGAGGGGGUAGUGACUCGCGUGACGAGUCUAUUUCUUAAUAGCCGGCUGUACGAUGUUGGUUUCUCAAGAAUACUCCAGUGUGAGAAAGACAAUUGCAAAGAUCAAAGCGCGUAUUUCCCCACCAAGCCGUGGUCGGAUAAGGAUCGCCCCCUACGCUCAAAGCUGGUGUUCGACCUCGACGGCAACGGCAUUAGCGGGCGGUACUACAAGCUCCUCGCGUCCAAGUCUGUGCCGCUGAAGCAGACACUGUUGAGGGAGUGGCAUGACGAGCGGUUGGUGCCGUGGGUGCAUUAUAUACCUAUCAGCCAGGAGAUGGAGGAGGUUCCGGAGAUAGUAGCGUAUUUGACGGGGACGCAGACGGGGGAGGGGUUGGCGAGGGAGGUGGCGGAGGAGGGGAGGAGGUGGUUUGGGAAGGCGUUGAGGGAUGUGGAUAGGGGGGUUUAUAUGUAUAGGUUGUUUUUGGAGUUGGCGAGGUUGCAGGAUGUGGAGAGGCCGGCGUGGGAGUAG